AUGGAUUUCACAUACUGCGAAUUCCCCAGCACCGUCUCUAUUGACACCUUCAAGGCCUAUUUCAAUCCCAAGGAUGUCAAGCUGCCCCAAGUCAAUAGUAAAUCAUUGGACCAUUUCCAGCCCGAGACCGACGAAGGCCAAGCAAAUCAAGCGAAAAGUCUGCGACAUCUUGUGCUCGAUGCCAUCGUCAGCAAUUGGAAUGAGCUGCCGCUCUACCGUCAGCUGCGACGACGCCAGGACCGUAACUAUAUACUCAGCCAGCUGGAUACGCAGCUGCCGCUGCAGUUGCUCAGCUCUCACAUCCGUGACGAUUACUUCUGGCGGCGCUGCUAUGAGCUGCGCUGGCGCAUGGCGCCAAUGCAGAUUAACAUUUACAUGGAGCGACAUGUGCAGGAGUUUAUUGAAAAUAUGCAAACCGGCGACUACGAGCAGGAUGGCAAUGUGCAGGCCGCCUUGGACAUCUGUGCGGCGUACAUAAAUCAACUCGAGAUAAAUCUGUUACAGCCCCCGCCGCCAGGCAGCGAGAGCAAUGAUCACAUUCCGCUUGAUUACCUGCUGAGCAAUCUGCCGGACUUACGCCGACUGCGGUUGAGCUACAGCACGAAGACAGCGGGCAUCAAUUACCAAAUAGGCUGCAAUCAACUAACGGCCCGUGACAUAUUGCUGUUGGCCAAGGGACUUAGCCAAUGCUACGAGCUGCGCAAGUUUUGCCUGCACAAUACGAAGUUGUUGUCGUAUCAGCUGCGCUUUCUGGCACAUAGCCUGGACAAGGGCUGUCACCACCUGAAGGAGUUAUCCUUGCUGCACUGUGCCGUUGGCGAUGCGGGCAUACGCUGUUUCCUUGAAACCUGCGGCAAGGAAUCCUUUGGCACUCUGACUGUCCUCGACCUGACCAACAAUAAAAUUACGGAGGAGGGCGCCUACACGCUCAGCCGAACUUUGACCCAUGUGCCCCUCCAGCGUCUCGUGCUACGCCUGAAUCCCAUACAAAGCGAUGGCGCCGCUGCCAUCUUUAACACGCUGCAGCUGAUGCCCAUCAGGCAACUGGACAUGGGCAGCUGUUUCAUCAGCGAAAGCAUUACCAAGUUGUUCAUGAUACUGAUAUGCCAGCAGAAGACAUUGCUCUGCAUUGAUCUAUCAAACAAUUAUCUGGGCGAGGAUUUUGGCAAGCAUUUGCUGAAGAUCAUAAACUGUAACAAAAUGCUCGAAGAGUUAGAUCUACGCAACACAGGCGUUCCAUUAGCCACACGCCGCAAAUUUCAAGAGAUUCUGAUCAAGAAUGCCGAACGCAAGAAGCACGAGGCAUUAAAGCAACAAAAACGAGAGAAAUUCAACGCUAUGAUUAAGUUUUAAUUUAAAUUUUUAUAUUUAAUAUCAAGAAUCCUAAUAUGUGCU